AUGGAUUUCAACCUGCUGGCGGACGCGGAGGCUCGCAGCCCAGCCUUGUCUCUCUCGGACUCCGGAACCCCCCAGCACGAGCACAGCUGCAAAGGGCAGGACCACAGCGACACCGAGAAGUCCCAACAGAACCAGACGGACGACUCCAACCCCGAGGACGGCUCGCUCAAGAAGAAGCAGCGGAGGCAGAGGACGCACUUCACCAGCCAGCAGCUCCAGGAGCUGGAAGCCACUUUCCAGAGAAACCGCUACCCGGACAUGAGCACCAGGGAGGAGAUCGCCGUCUGGACCAACCUGACGGAGGCACGCGUCCGGGUCUGGUUCAAAAACCGCAGAGCUAAGUGGAGGAAACGGGAGAGGAACCAACAGGCUGAACUGUGCAAGAACAGCUUUGGAGCCCAGUUCAACGGACUGAUGCAGCCUUACGACGACAUGUAUUCCAGCUAUUCCUACAACAACUGGGCCACCAAGGGGCUCGCCACCAGCCCACUCUCGGCCAAGAGCUUCCCGUUCUUCAACUCCAUGAACGUCAGUCCCCUCUCCUCCCAGCCCAUGUUCUCCCCGCCCAGCUCCAUCGCCUCGAUGACCAUGCCUUCAUCCAUGGUCCCUUCUGCGGUGACCGGCGUACCGGCCUCCAGCCUCAACAACCUGGGAAACAUCAACAACCUGAGCAGCCCAAGCCUCAACUCCGCUGUCUCAUCCAGUGCCUGUCCGUACGCCUCGACAGCCAGCCCCUACAUGUACAGGGACACAUGCAACUCCAGCCUGGCCAGCCUGCGGCUGAAGGCCAAGCAGCACGCUAACUUCACCUACCCGGCGGUGCAGACGGCAGCUUCCAAUCUGAGCCCUUGCCAAUACGCCGUGGACAGGCCCGUAUGA